AUGUGGCUCAGAAUCAAUCAGGCGGCCCAUUGGCUGCCCAGCUUGACCGUCUGUCAGACCAGCUUGACGAUCUGCUCAUGCAGGCCCGCCGGUAGACCGCCAGUGGCUGCCCCGGGUCAAAUGGGCCGAUAUUACCCGUGGGGAGUCCUGAGCCCCCAAAUUUUUAUUUUGCACAAGUCACCGAUUCACCAAACUCACUUGAGGGAUACCACCAGAUACCACCACCACGUCUCAAAUGGCACCAGAACUCCCUCAAUUGUGUGCCAAGGCGGCCACAGCAUGAGGACGUUAUACCCUCAUGUGUCCUCCAAGGCCCAUUUGGACUUAGUCAAGUCUUUCGAUGACCAACGGCAGGCCGAUUAUGCUCAACGCCAGCAAUUUGCACAACCUAGACCUCAAUCUCCAUCACCUCAGAUGAACAAUGUCAACCAUGCUUUUGACUCAACCGGUGACAUCGCACUUUCUGAUCCUCAUUCUCCCCCUCUGUCGCCCCUGUCACACCUCCGUGCACUCGAUUUUGAUCCAGCCGACCCGUUUGACCUUGGCUGGGGUGAGAGCGGAACCAACGCUGAUGAUUCGGAUGGUGGAUUGAACUUUGAAAAGCUGUGUGCAGCUUUUGAAGCCCUAGCGAAUGAUUGCAACGAUGAAGAGGAAGAUGAGCGCUUGGAUGAAGAAUGUCUUGAAGAAGAUAUUGCCAAAGUUCAAGUUGAAGACGCCGAGGAGUGGUAUCCUUUCAAAAAAGUCAAGCAUGUAGUGGUGUUGUUGAUAAUGGGCUCAACAAGGAAUCUUCUUUCCCGCACCCAAUACCAGCGGAUUUGUUCUAUAUUGCGAAUCCUCAACGUCAACCUUCCGGAAUGGGGCACCUUGAGAGCUAUUGUCAAGUGA